AUGGCUGCUCUCUUAGAUGAAAACGUCGAACCAUGGGAUUUAUUGAUGAGAAAAAUCACACCAACAAAAGCAAUUCCAUUAGGAACAGUUUUAACAUUACCAGCUACAGGUUCAGAAUGGAACAAUGGCUUGGUUAUUUCUCGCCGCAGCAUUGAGAAGAAGGUUGGAUUUUCACAUCCAUUAGUAUAUCCAAAGUUUUCUUUAUUAGAUCCACGUUAUACAUUAACACUACCAGACAGACAAUUACGCAGUGGCAUUUAUGAUGCAAUGACACAUUGCAUUGAUCUGUUUUUGACAGGUCAAACAAUUCCAUUGAAUGAUAAUCUUUACAUGUCAGUAAUGAGAGAAUUAGUUGAUAUCAGUAAAGAAAUAUUUAAGAAACCAGCAAGUAUUGAAAUACAUGGUCGCUUAAUCUGUGCUGCUUCUUUCGCAUUAAAUCAGAUUUUAUCUCUUGGAAAGCAAACAUGCGCUGGUAUACAUAUGAUAGGACAUCAAUUAACAGUUAUGUACGGAAUUGAUCAUGGCGCUUCUUUAGCUAUGGUUUCACCAUCCUUUUUAAGACAUUUCAAGAAGACAAGAGGUUAUUUAAUGGCAAGAUGUGCUGAAAGAGUUUUUGACAUCUAUAAUGGAACUGAUGAAGAAAAAAUCGAUGCCUUCAUUGAUAAUCUUGAAAAAUGGAUUUUGGAAAUUGGACAUGUUCUCAAAGUUUCUGAAUACACACACCAAAAAGUUGGUGAAAAUGAUGUCGAAAAGACUACAAAGUUGGUCAUGGAAUCAAUGGGCAAUAAACCAUUUGGUUGGAAUAAUGAGGUCACAGAAGAAAUUGUUCGUGACGUUUUAACUCAAGUAAUUAUUUAA